AUGGGAAGAGAUAACCAGACAUGGAUUAAUGAGUUCAUUUUGCUGGGAUUGUCCAGUGACUGGAACACUCAGGUCUUGCUCUUUAUCCUUUUCCUGGCUAUGUAUCUUGUGACUGUGUUGGGAAAUUUCCUCAUCAUCCUUCUUAUAAGGCUGGAUAGCAGGCUCGGUACCCCCAUGUACUUCUUUCUCACUGUCCUAUCUUUUGUGGACAUCUGUUAUACCAACAGCACAGUUCCACAGAUGCUCGUUCACCUCCUAUCAGCCUGGAAAUCCAUCCCAUUCUACAACUGUGUUCUCCAGCUCUUCAUCUCUCUGGCAAUGGGCAGCACAGAGUUCUUCCUGCUGGGCGCCAUGGCUUAUGACCGCUAUGUGGCUGUGUGCUACCCGCUACACUAUACAGUUAUUAUGCAUGGAGGGGUUUGCCUUGGGCUGGCUGCCAGCUGCUUGGUGGCUGGGUUUACGAAUUCUCUGAUGCAGACCAUUCUCAUCUUCCAGCUCCCUUUGUGUCGUCACAUCAUCAAUCACUUUGCCUGUGAGAUGUUGGCUGUGCUGAGGCUGACCUGCGUGGACAUCUCCUUCAACAUGGUCAUGGUGGCCAUCUCGGGCUUUCUGGUGAUCAUGCUUCCAUGUUUCAUGGUUGUCUUUUCCUAUGGUCGAAUUGUUGCAGCCAUUCUGAGGAUUCGCUCUGCCCAGGGGCGCCGCAAAGCCUUUGGGACCUGUGCUUCCCACUUCACUGUUGUCUCCAUGUGCUUUGGGGCAGCCAUCUUCACCUAUCUCAGACCCGAGGCUGGGUCCUCGGCAGAGCAAGAAAAGAUGGUUGCCCUUUUCUAUGCUGUAGUCACCCCUAUGCUGAACCCUCUAAUCUACAGCUUGAGGAACAAGGAGGUGAUGAGUGCUCUUAGAAAAGUGCUGGGGAAAUUUAGUGAAGAAAGAUGUGUCCUGACUGAAUUGGGAACCCAUACAUUUUCUCCCCAUGAUUUGAACCUGAAGUUACAAAUGAACCAGUUCCAGAUUUACGAUCUGUCUGCUUUUUCACUGACUCCUCGAAAGAAAAUUCAAACAUCAGAAUUGUGCCAAUACCAAGAGAAAGAUGACACCAUCAGAGAGAGCUGA